AUGCUCUCUGAAGCGCAGGAGGUUCUGAGACAGUUCCGUCAAGGUUUGAGUGGUUUGAGGGAAAAUGAUAAAACGAAAAUAAAUAAGCUGACAUUCUUGGCCAGGGACCACGUCCAUAUUCCAGGAUUCCCGCAAAGUGUGGCCGAGGCUACUGUUCGUCAUGUGUAUGAGAUCCGUGACGAAGCCACGAGGAAACGGCUUUUCAAUCUUCGAACCACUUGGAAGGAUAUAUUUCCUUUUUCAAAGAUGCGAAGCCUCGACAUUCAAGUUCGUGAACACGAUCCGGCUUGGCCUCUCAUUCCUAAAGAUGAGACUCAAGCAUCAAAUCGGAUUCCUUCCGUGCCAAAAAUCUCACCGGCGAAAAUUAGUAACAAACCGCUUCCCGUUGCUACCAGCCAGUUGACGAUUCCCGUUACGGAGGCCGUGAUAGCAGAAGCUCGUGAUCCUCGACGCAACAAAAAACGAAAAUCUCCUCAACAUGAAUGCACCGAGAGUAGCUUUCUCAUCGAUCGCGAUGGUAAUCGAAAGAUGGAGUCGAUUGCUCGCAAACAUGGAAAGGUGGAAGAGGAAGCGGAAAGGCAAGCAUCUAAGAAACCCAGAACGCUGUUUAGUUUGGAAGACCAAGACAUGCGUUCAGUUCCGCGUGAUCGACCAUCCUCGCCCAAACUUCCUGAACACGGCAAGUACCAGGACAUCGAUAUGCGAGUAGGCGGGGCCUCACAGUCGUCCAUGCCUCGUGGUGGUCCUCGUCUACCACCCUCAAGCCCACAUCCAAUGGCUCAUUCUACCACCGUGGACUCUGUGCACCUACCUCGUGUCGCCUCUUCUGAGUGCCUGCCGCAUAGAAACCCACCAUCAAUGCAUCCACGUCCACCUAUGCAUGGACCUCCUUCUCACUUCCAUCGAGUUGGACCCCAAAUGGCUCCGCAUCGUCCAAGUCCGGAGCAUUCACUUCCUCCACCACCCCCAACAGUGUUUAACCGACCUCACAGCGUUCCUCCUAUCCGAGGACCCAUAUGGAGCGUGGAAAUCGAUGGGCUUUCCGAUAUGAUAAAUAUCGGUAUUGAUCCUCGUAUGUUGUCACGAGUGCCGAAUCCGAAAACCGCGCGGCAGAUAACCGUCGAUGGUAGGCAGUAUCCUCUGCUACUGGAUCGAGUUCAACCGCUCAUUGAGGUGGAGGACCAACUUCAUGCUGUGCGUUUCCGGUGCGACAGCCUUGCUUUCAUCAUCGAUCAUCAACGUUUUGUGAUUCCUGGCACGGGCUAUACCAGGAUAAGGGCGGCAGGACGUGAACGAAUAGCUUACCUGGGCGGUCCCGGUCACGAACUUGUUAUCGACGGUCGACCUCAUACAAUUCCUUUCAAUUCUCACUAUGCGACCAUUAAUAUAGAUCACCAGACUGUAUCGGUUAUGUACGCCUGUGAGUUCCCACAAGAUGUCAAUGUUCUUCCCGCAAUCCCCCCGAAAAUUCUCGACUGGGCCUAUCGAGGUCUGUUCGGCUCUCCCGGGAGCCUUCAUCUAGCUCCUCGGAAUCCUCUAGUGGAAUUGGAACGUCAGUCUGAAGGUCGCUCAGAUCCCACUCGUGGCGAUCAACAGAGUACUGCGCGUAAUCGUCAGCCACAAAUUACUCAGAGGCCAACAGCGCCGGAGGAGAAACGUGUCCAAGAGAGGAAUCCUGGAGCUCCUAAGGAAGGUGUCUCCUCUUCCGCCAACACUGCCGCUACCUCACAAAUUAAUGUUCAGGAACUGCUGCAGAAACUCAUAGCAGCCGGUAUUGUAGCCAAACCGGACUCUCUGCCCAGCCUGAAGGAGUACAAUUGGGAAAAGUUCCGCCAACCCUUCACUCCGGAAAUUGACAUCCUGUACAGCGGUUUUCAGUGUGUUCAAUGUGGGGUGCGGUUUGAGAGUGAGACCUCGUCGGACUUUGUUAGCCAUCUGGACUACCACUAUAUGAAGAAUUCGGCUGAACACCAGGAACACCGUAGCAGAGCCUUUUAUCAAGACUCGCAUUGUUGGCUGCUCAGUGAAAUGAUCAACGAGGGAGCGCCACGGUUCACCGCGCCAGCAAACACCACCGAGAGGGAGGAAGUGAGGUGUCCAUCCUUCGCGGAUGAAAAGCUUAACGAAUGCGCGGUGUGUGGCUAUAAGUUUGACAAGGUAUUCGACCGUGAAGAGGGCGAAUGGAUGUUGCAGGGUGCCGUCAUCGAAAAUGGCAGGGCGUACCAUCCGAUAUGCUUGGAGGAUGCAGGAAAGCAGUUUCCGGUGGAGACUGCAGCACCGGUUGCAGGGAGCUCUGCUUCUCACGACGUGUUAAAGGAGGCGAAGAUGGAGCAGCAACAAGGGGAAGAGCGGGCGACAGCAUGCAGUUCCGUGAGUCCUGCGCCUUCUACUUCGCAGCUCUCUGUACUGAUAAAAUCCGAGCCCCAUAUAAUAGAAACAAAAAAUGCCAUAGACACAUUGAAUUUUUCCUCUUCUCGCGACGCAUCUGAUCGACUUCCGUCGUCGUCGUCGUGUCCAGUGCUAAGCGAGAUUACCAAUGUGAAGCGGGAAGAGGAGGAGGAGGAGGAGGAGGAGGUGAAAGCGGGGGAAGCGAAGGGGGAGCCAGCCACGCUGUCGCUGCUGCUGCCACCGUCAAGCAUCCCAGCAGCGCCUGCUAAGUGUGAACCGUGUCAAGAGGAGCUGGAAGCAAAUUUAGGUGCAAAUAGCUCGCCAGUGGUUAAUAUUCCCGGUCUUUCGCCGACGGCUAGCUUGGGUAUUAGUAGUUGCGAGGAUGAUUUAACCACUGGGGGAUUGGAAGGCGGUGACGGUGGCAGUGGUGAUGGUGUUGGUGUCGGUGAUCCCUUAGUAACGCCCGCUAGUAUCUCCUCAAACCCAUUGGCAGUCUUACAGGCAGUCUUAAGAGGCAAGGCGGCAAUUCCUUAG